AUGCUUUCGCUUUUCGUCGCGUGGUGGUUUCUGCUCGCUUUUACCGUUGCUCUUCCUCCUCCGGGCCCCUUCCAUCAACGACAGAAAUCUAGCCAUUGGACACCAGCGUCGACGAAUGGAACAGACGCAUUGGCACAGCAGGCUUUGAAGAAUGCGCAGAAGUAUCUACAAGGCCCUCGAAAUGGAACGUCGAGCUGUAGAUUCGAUGCAGCAAAGAAGCGAGUAGAAUGGGAUGCGUUGUGUGACGAUGAGAAACGGGAUUAUAUCAAUGCCGUUCGAUGUCUUCAGACGAGGCCUUCGAUCAGUGGCGAGCUGGUGCCGGGAGCGAGGAAUCGAUAUGAUGACUUUGUGGGCACUCAUAUUAAUCAGACGCUAUCGAUCCAUUCGACUGGCAACUUCCUCACCUGGCAUCGAUACUUUGUCUCCACGUACGAGACAGCCUUGCGGGAAGAGUGUGGCUUUAAGGCUCCUCUACCUUACGUGAACUGGGCUCGCUACUCCAAUAACGUAAUCAAUGCCCCUCUGUUCGAUGGAUCAGACACUUCCAUCAGCGAUAAUGGCGCAUAUGUGCCAGGCAGGCCGACGAUUCACUUCCCUUCAGACAACAAUCCUAUCGUAUCCCUUCCACCCAGCCAGGGAGGAGGCUGCAUCACCUCCGGACCCUUUAAAGAUUACAAAGUCAACUUGGGCCCCGUUGCCCUCGUUGGUGUUGACACCACAUCCCCUAAUCCUCAAAAGGACGGGCUGGGCUACAACCCGCGCUGCAUCCGUCGAGACCUCUCCGUCACCGCCGCCAGUGGCGCCUCCGACUUCAACACCACCAAGCUCAUCACCCACAGCUCCACAAUCGCCGCCUUCCAAGACGAAAUGCAAGGCCCCUUCGGCUACGGCAUCCCAGAAAUCGGCGUCCACGCCGCAGGCCACUACAUCCUCAGCGGCGACCCCGGCAGCGACUUCUACACCAGCCCUGGCGACCCCUGGUUCUUCCUGCACCAUGCACAGAUCGAUCGGGUGUAUUGGAUGUGGCAGAUGUCCGUGUGGGAGAAGAUUGAGGAGAGAUUGAGCAGCAUUGCCGGGACGGUUACGUUUUUGAAUUCGCCUCCUAGUCGGAAUGCGACAGUGGAGGACCGGAUUGAUUUGGGGGUGAAUGAUGAGUUUAGAGGGUUGAGGAUCAAGGAGGCGUUGAGUACGGUGGCGGGGCCGUUUUGUUAUGUCUAUGAGUGA